AUGAUCGUUCAGAUUUAUGUUGAUGACAUCAUUUUCGGAUCUACUAAUCCUAAAUUAACUGUUGAAUUCCAAAAACUGAUGGAAACUAAAUUUGAAAUGGGCUCAAUGGAUCCUAUUAACUUUUUCCUUGGUUUAAACAUUAGACACAGUUUAGAGGGGAUAUUCAUCAACCAAGAAGCUUACACGAAGACCUUGCUAGUGAAAUUCGGUAUGGUGGGUGAUUCAAAGGUCAAGGUUCCAAUGGCGUUGAGAAUGAAGCUUACACCAUCCUUCGACAAGCCGGCAGCAGAUAUAACUCCAUAUCGACAGAUGAUUGGGUCUUUAAUGUAA